GGGGAGCUGCUGCGUGCUUUCAACGGCGUCUUCCAUCUUGUCAACAAUCGAGAAGCCAAACCACAAUCACUGCUUUCACCUCCCCCCGUAUCACGUCGACAAUAUCUGACAUAGAGAGCUUACCGGGCAAACACAUUCGACCAUUUGACGGGCACUCGCCGUCCAGGGAACCGCAGCCAUGGCCCAGAAGCCCGUGGCUCCCCCUCUGGCUUGCUGGGAGCUGGAAAAUAAUGUCAAGCUGGUCGAUCCCAAACGCGAUGCCCUCUACCAAUACGACGAGGAGGCGAACAGGGAGGUGGUGAAUUCGAAGCCCUGGCUUCUAGAUCCCAAGUACUUCAAACACGUCCGCAUCAGCGCCACCGCCCUCAUCAAGAUGGUCAUGCACGCCCGCUCGGGCGGCAACCUCGAGGUCAUGGGCGUCAUGCAAGGUUACAUCAACGGCGACGCCUUCAUCGUCACCGACGCUUUCCGCCUCCCCGUCGAGGGCACCGAGACCCGCGUCAACGCCCACUCGGAAGCCGACGAGUACAUGGUCGAGUACCUCAGCGGGUGCCGCCGCCAGGGCCGCCAGGAGAACCUCGUGGGCUGGUACCACUCGCACCCGGGCUACGGGUGCUGGCUCUCCGGCAUCGACGUCGCCACCCAGACCACGCAGCAGACGUACCAGGACCCGUUCCUCGCCGUGGUCAUCGACCCGGACCGCACCAUCAGCGCCGGCAAGGUCGAGAUCGGCGCCUUCCGCACCCACCCCCCGCCGCCCAUCGGCAUAAAGGAGCACGCCCAACCCCCGGCCCCGGGCCCGGUCGACCGCGACGGGUGGCAGGCCGUCCCGCUGGCCAAGGCGGCUGAGUUCGGCGCGCACGCGAGCAAGUACUACAGCCUCGAGGUGUCGCACUACAAGAGCACGCUGGAGGCGCGCAUGCUCGAGCUGCUGUGGCACAAGUACUGGGUGCAGACGCUGAGCCAGAGCCCGCUGCUGACGAACCGCGACUACGGGAACAGCCAGAUGCUCGACUUGGCGUCCAAGAUCCGCGAGGUCACGGGGCAGGUUACGCGCCAGGGCCGCGCCGGCCACGCGGGCCCGUCGAGCAUGACGGCCAUUGGCGUGGCCGGGGCCGGUGGCGGCGCUCGGAAGGUGGAUGUGGCCGUCGAGAAGCUGACGAAGGAUUUCAACUCGGUGGCUGUGCAGGAGAGGACGGGGCUCAUGGCGGUGGAGGUGAAGGACAAGUUGUUCAAUGGGUUGGGACCCAGCUCGUCAACUCGGGCGUGAUGGGGAAUGCGGCCUCUUUUUUUUUUCUUCCUCUUUCAUUUCUGGUGUGAGGCCUACUUUUUGCGCGACGAUGAAUGGGAUUUUUAUGGCUAGAUCCCGACACAGGCCCAUGACAAGGACCGGGUUGGAGGGAAGCAUGGUUUGGCGUUGGGGUCAACUACACGAAUGAGAGCUUCGGACUAGGGAUAGGAGACUGUUCAAAAAAGGAACAAAAAAUGGGCAUCUUCGAAAUUUGCAGAGGUCUGGCCGGCAUUUGUGUCGGCGCUGUUGGAACGAGUCCUAGAG